AUGACAACACACAGAGAAGCGCCUGUCUGGAAAACCACGGUGAUAGUCAGCACAUCUCUUCAGAACCAUGAUACAGUCAGGAUGCUGAUGGCCCAACAGCACCGAAUCAGAUCAUCGGAGAGCGUUGAGGCUGGAGCCUUUAUUUUUCCUCUGUCAGGUACUGCGUUUCUGUUGGUGGAUCCCCAAGACCUACCCGAGCAAUUUCAGGAGUCAGGAGUCAUUGAGAAGAUAAAAAAGUUUAUGCAAGUACACCGCAACAGCUUUCUACUUCUAUACGCGCCCUUUACUGGGAAAAAGGAACUGGAGAUCUUGUCAGAGAUUCAGUGCAGAUUCUUUGGCAGUAAUCUCAGGAUUCUGCCCGUCAGAAACAAUGCUGAGGUCGUUGAAGGAAUGUUGACAAUCGCCAAGGCCACCAGUAAGCCCCAUGUAGACAACAUCUGUGAACGCAUGUCUCAGGCCCAGACUCACAUCGUCGACAGCAGUCCUGUGUGGCAGAUGCUUAGAGACAAACUCUGA